AUGCCUCCAAUUACACCAAGCAAGCAAUAUGAUUAUUUGGUUAUUGGUGGAGGAAGUGGUGGUUUGGCUUCGGCCAGGCGCGCUGGCUCUUAUGGCUUGAAGGUAGGUUUGGUAGAGUCGAGUGGACGCCUGGGUGGAACUUGCGUGAACGUUGGCUGCGUUCCAAAAAAGGUCAUGUUUAAUACCGCUCUCCAUGAUGCAAAGCAAUACGGUUUCGAUUUACCAUCAAUCCCAAAUUUCAAUUGGAAUUACCUUAAACAAAAGCGAGACGCGUAUAUAAAACGUCUUAACGGGAUUUAUUCUAAUAAUCUAGCCAAGGACAAAGUUGAUUACAUUGAAGGAAAGGCUAGUUUCGUAAGCAAAAAUGUUUUGAAAGUGGAACAUAAUGGAAACUUCGAAGAGGUUGGAGCAAAGCAAAUAUUGAUUGCUACAGGUGGUCAUCCACGUAUUCCUGAUGAAAUACCUGGUGCGGAACUUGGUAUAACAAGUGAUGGUUUCUUCGAUCUUGAAGAACAGCCGAAAAAGGUUAUGGUCGUUGGUACCGGAUAUAUUGGCGUCGAAUUGGCCGGUAUCUUUAAUACUUUAGGCAGUGAUACUACGUUGGUCUCUCGUUCGGGUGAGAUUUUACGUACUUUUGAUCCAAUUAUCAAAGAUACACUUCUCGAUCAAUCAAAAAAGGAGGGGAUGCGAGUUUUAACUAAUGCUCAUGUUACAAGUCUAUCACGCGAUUCACCAAGUGGGCCUCUUAAAGUACAAUUCACUUCCAAAGAAACCAACGAUACAACCGAAGAAUUUGAUGUUCUUUUAUGGGCAAUUGGAAGAGAACCAAAUGUUAAAGCUUUAAACCUGGACAGCGUUGGGGUGAAAUUAAAUGAAAAAGGGUACAUUGUGGCUGAUGAAUAUCAAAAAACGGAUAUCGAAGAAAUUUAUGCUUUGGGCGACGUUUGCGGAAUUGCACAGCUAACACCUGUCGCAAUCGCAGCUGGACGUCGAUUGUCGGAUAGGCUUUUUGGUCCUCCAAAAUUUAAGAAUCUUAAACUUGAUUAUAAUGAUAUCCCUACCGUCGUGUUUCAUGGAACUUGUGGUUCGGUGGGUCUUACUGAACCGGAGGCUCGAAAAAAAUAUGGUGAUGAAAAUGUUAAGGCUUAUUCUUCCAAGUUUGUGAAUAUGUAUAGCGCGAUGACGGAACAAAAACCAGCAACGGCUUAUAAACUUAUUGUCGUUGGUGAAGAUGAAAAGGUUGUCGGUAUUCAUCUUAUCGGAAGAGACUCUGCCGAAAUAUUACAAGGAUUCUCGGUCGCCUUAAAAAUGGGUGCUAAAAAAGAAGAUUUCGAUAAUACAGUCGCGAUACAUCCUACAGCCGCCGAAGAAUUGGUUGUUUUGGGAGUUGCGUUUGCAACGGUGGGUGAUUAUUAUUUUACAAAAAUGGGCACAGUAUUGGCUGCUUUAAAAACUGUCGUUACAAAUCGUGUUCAAGUUGGUCGUCUUAAGCUCCAUCCUUUAGAUCUAUUGUUGCGUAUGUCUCCUUUAGCUUUUGUCCAAACUGUAAUUUAUGCUUACGUAACCGGCGAAUUGCAUAGAGUACGUGCAUUUAGCCGUACCGAAAUGACAACUUCUUUAGUUUUCGCCCUUGUUACAAAUGGCGUCAUUGCCUUUUUUCUGAAUGUUGUAAGUUUCACGGCAAACAAAAAAACGUCAGCUUUGACCAUGACCGUGGCUGGUAAUGUUAAACAGGUCUUGUCAAUUAUUUUGGCGGUUGUGAUAUUUAAUUUAACUAUAACGCCGACCAACGGCCUUGGAAUCUUUUUGACUUUGCUUGGAGGCGCGUGGUAUGCGAGAAUUGAGUUUGCUGAACGUUACAAACCCGUUCCUAUCGUUUCACCACCUCUAGGUCGAUGA